GCUAACAUGCAAUACAUGUUUCCUUCAAAAUUAAAAGUUUACUGGGGCCUCAUCGAUCUACAUCAGCGACCUCAAUCCUGCAAACCUUCAUCGAUCUACUCCCACCAUUACUAUUACAGUUACUCCGAUUCACCCAUCCCUGUCGACGCCGCGGAUACCACGAGCUCCCCGGCAGUGGGAUCGGAGUCGAUUGAGAAGACUCGGCCAAGGGAGAGGAUCUUGCGGGUGGUCAAUCUUGCCGACGACGCUCAAUUUCAAGAUCUCAUGCGAAUCGUACGGGAGCGAGUGAGAGCGAUUCGUGGCCUUCGAAGGGAACUCGGACUUGGAUCUGGGCUUGCGCCUGAAGUUGGAGGACGGGAGGGUGUGUCCGUAGUUUGGGCUUUUGCAGGUAGGAUGAGUGAUGGUGCAGCACCACUAGCUCUGCCACUAUCGGCGGCGCGACUCGCCCAUUUGUUCUGGGCGACGGGAUUACUCGUUCGUCGACGGGAAGGGGAUUAAGUCGGGAGGAGUGGCAAGUAGAAGAGAGAAGUGGAGAAGCAGAAGCUAGCACAUGUGUCAGCUGGGUUUUUUUGGCAUCGGAAGAAUAAAAGGAGGGUUGAAGA